AUGCAGUGCAAUAUUGGUGGGAGUAAUCUCCAAUCCUCCUCAUCGGUUGAUGGACACGCCGUUGGCAACAUGACACCGAGCCCAUCCGGCAUGGUGAAACCGGUAGUGCCACCGGACACACCCACCAGUCCGAACGAUCCGGAACAUCAGCCGGAGAAGACGGACUGUACGCCGGAGAACUCGAAGAAAAGUGACAGCUCGCCGGAAGGUGCCGAUGGAUUUGGUCGACUUCCCGGGGCGGACCGGUUAGCAACGGCCGGGCAUCGCUCCACAAUUGCCAGCGACACCGUUGCCAAAAGUCUUUCGAUGCAGGAAAUGUUCAAAGCGGGCAGAAGCGUUAGUGAGGAACCGGGCACGAAAACGCCCCAUCCGGCCAACAACGAUGAGGCACUUGCCGAUUCGGUACGGAAUGCGUUUGCUUUUACGAUCGACUUUGGCGAUGGGAAGAAACCGGUCGAUUCGCAAAGGCACGAAAAGAUGCUGGAACGUUUUCAGGCACGUCACAAGCGGGGUGUAUCACUGUCCAAGCUGGAGUCUAGCUCGAGUGCUACGUCCUCACCGGCAUCGGUACGGCAGCAACAAGGAUCGCGUGCACCGGCCAGUGUGAACCUGCCACGACGCAACAAACCGCUGCCUUAUGAAUCUAGUGACCAACAACCCACCCAGCAGAUGGUCAUGAUCGAUGAUGCGACGGGACGGCCGGUAGCGGUGAAGCUAAGGGAGAAGAACCAACGUUCCGUUGGACGCGACCAGUCAGCGACCAAGCGCCACAGCUGGAGUCCGCGAACGAGCCUGAGCGAGAUGGGCAGUGGUGGAAGAAUGCAAGAACCUGCCCCAGCGAAACCAAGCGCGGGCCGAUCCGGAUCUAAUACGGGUCGAUUUGCACCGAAAUCGGCAACGCUUGCGUUGGCGCUCGAGCAACAGCAACAGGUGGGCAAUAAUCUCGAGCGGAAAGACUAUUCUUACUCCAGCUCGGAAUUUAACGGCGAAAGUCUUGACUCGUCCGGUGGCAUACCGUGUCUAGAGGCACCGUUGGAGAACUUCCGCAAAGCGCCGGGUGAUGGUGAGGAGGAUGACGUUAGCGAAGCGGGCACGUACACGAUCGAUGGUGCAAAUUAUACCGAGGAGCAGAAGGAACGUAUGAACAUCGAUCGGGUUGGAUCGUCACAGGUUGCAAUGCCACCGGAGGUAGUGGAUCCCGUACCGGUGGCACCAGCCGUACGCCCGACAGACUUCCGGGAAGAGCUGGAAGUGAUCGAUUUGGAACGGACGGCCGGGAGCAUCGGAGAGCGUCGGACAAAUGGACGGACGCUAAAGCACGAAGAGUCACCACCGCAAACGACGGAACACCGGAAGCACAACAUACUGGAGGUGUCCUACUUUCAUGAACCGUCACCGGCUGGUGGUGGUGGCAAGGGUGUUGCCGGUGGGGGUGGAGUACCGACGGAACGCACGAAAAGCAAACAGUCCUACAUCGAGAAGCUAAAAUCACGCAUGAAAAACAUUACGCAGAAGGGCAGUAGCACGGGAUCCAGUCGGGCCUCGUCGGGUAAGCAGCAGCAGGUGAUGAUGGCACCGGAACUGGACUCGCCGGACCAGGGCACGUUUACCUCGGUCACGACGAGCGGCAUUCUGAGCGUGAAGCCGACACUGCUCGAGGGAAAUCCGAUUGUACCGGUGAACCAAAGGCGACGCAACAGCCUGACCAAAUCGCACAUUGACAGCUCGGAGUACGUGCAGGGUGUUGCGAAGCUGAACAUACACGCCACCAGCUGCGCGAUGGACGGUUCGGAUGAAGGCGAUCGCAGUGGGUUGAAUUCGGAACCACAGGAAGAGGAGCUUAAAAUUCUGAACUGUUACACCGACUCCGAGAAGGCACACCAGGGCGGCACAACGCAUCACCGGCACCAGCAGGCACACUCGAAGAAGGGAGGUCCGGAAGAUGUCAGCCCGGUGAGUGGCCGCCGGAAAACACCCUCGGACGUGGCGGCAUUGACGUCGGUAGCGACCAAGAAGGAUUGGAUACAGGAGUGGGCGAAGAAUGCGCGCGAAUAUUCCAAGUCCACCAGUCCGAAGGUGCAUCCGCAUGAUCCACCACCGGCAACAACGGCGUACGGGAGCUCGGGCGGUACCGGAUCGAUGACGCGAAGUUACGGCGGCGAGUGUGAUGGUGAGUCGACCAAUCGACGCAGCAGGGGAAAUCAGUUUGGUUACGAUUUCGAUAUCGAUCUGACCAAGAGCGAUUACUACGAGGCGAAGAAGUACGAAGAGUUCGGUGACAAUCUAGACCAUCGGCAGCACUACCGGGGUGUGGUGGCACGCAACCAUCACAGCGCCGGUGGAAGUGAUCCACUGGUAUUUCGGACACAGCAGCAGCAACAACAACAUCACCAGCUUACGACGACAUCACCGGAAGAGGACCCGUACCGGGAACCGCUCCCGUACGGCAUGAACGAGUUUGCACGUACCGGAUCGAGGGGUUCGAUGCGAAGGUACGGCCACAACCAGCAUCCAUCACCGGUAACGUCAACUGCCGCUUCGAAACCGCCGAUGAGCCCGAGCAAGAUACCGUCGCCCAUCGGUUCGAUCGGACGGGCACGCAGCGUUAGCCGCAAUCGAAGUCUACAGGGAAGCAAUUCGGACCUUUCCGGAAAUGAAACGGAAAUGUAUCUGCAGAAAACGGCCGCCGCAAUUUCGACAUUGCAAAACUUGCAACGGCGUAAUUCGCUGCGUAACAGCUCCUCGCACCAUUCUUCCAGCCCGCUCAGCCCUGCAUCGCGUAAGAUGUCACCGAAGGUGUCACCGAUGAAUUCUUUACAAUCGCCCAUCCAUUCGCCAGGGCUCAGCAGCAACAAUUAUGCGGACAUCCAUUCGCCAUUAUACUCCCCGCAACAUCAUCAUCAGCAGCAGCGCAACAAUCUGCACCAUCACCAGCUGCAUCAGAACAUUGGCGGUGGUGUCGGGCACAAGCGGAACCAUUCGCUGGACGGCGGUGUGGACCCACUCUCAUCGCCGACUUCCUACAUGCCAAAUGGAGCUACCGGUGUUGCUGGAACCGGUCAUAUGACGCGUAGCCUGAACACUAACACGUCGAGCCCAAAGUUGGAUUUCUCCAAGCGGCAUCACACGCGGCACAACUCGUUCGAAGGUGUGAUGUCUUCUCUGCCGCCAAAACCCGUCAAAUGUUUCCAGCAAUUUGAUCAAUCGACCGGGGCGGUGUAUUACGGUGGGAAUAGUGGGCCGCAUGAUGCAGACGCCGAUGUCGAUGAUUUGGAAGAUCCGGAUGACUGUAGGGACUAUGAUGAGGAAGAAUUUGAGGAGGACAUCGACGACGAUGACGAUGAGGACGAGAUAGUAUUGAACAGUAGACAGGCUGGCGGGUUGAUGGUUGAUAGUGUAAUGCCCCGGCCAAGAGCGAUGUCGCUGGAACCACGGAAAAGGUCGGGCGGAGUUCAGCAGCAUUUGCAAGCUUCCACAGGUGCCAAGCAACAAGUGAUCACGGCAAAUCAGAAAAGUGUCGCCGUAAAUCGUGUUCAAAAAAUGCAACCACAGCAACAGCAGCCACAACAGCAUCUUACUUCACCCAUCAAACGGUCGAGUUCGUUUUCGGUGAAGCCGAACGUGAUGAAACCGGCCACACCGACAAUGUCAGCCAAGACGGGAGGUCUUGCCGGUGUUAAUGGUCGUACCGUGGGUGGAAGUGGUUCGAGAAUACAAAAGUCGGCCAGUAGCACCAGCUUUAAAAAGAUGGCCGCCGGUAUGUUGGACAGCGGUGUGCAGCCACAACAGUAUCAUCAUCAUUCGGUACAGCCACCACAUCAUCGCCACCAGCUGGUCAUGGACCCGAAUUAUCCCGAUGAGUUAAUGCUGUACAUAAACGAUGGUGACGAUGAUGGGUUGCAGAUGAGGGGUGCAGAUCGUAGACAGCAGGAUGGAUUCUCUUCCAACUCACUCACGGAUGAGGAAGACCCGGUGGAUGAUCUGGACGAUGAAGAUCUCGACGUGAAUGGGGCACGUUUGGAAAAGGAACCGCUCACUAACACGCGCUAUAACAAAACGUUCCUGAUGCGUAUGGAACAGAAUAAAAAAUUAGCUGGUGGUGGGUCAGCCACUGGAGGAGCAACGACAGGAAGCACGAAACAAGGUGGCGGUGCUGCGGCGUGUCCUAAUACACCGGAGCUGCCGCGACGCGCAGUUCAGAUGCGUAGCGCUGGAGGUCUCGGAAGAGAUCGUGCUUCAAUGCCACGGGACUCCAGUUUGAACCGCAUGAAACAGGAUUUAAACUUACGCAAAUCUUCCACUGGGCGCGAGAUGCUGCUCGGUGGUAAAGGACAACAGCACUCCACGCAGUCCAUCAAUUCGGGUUCAUCGUCGGCCGUGGGUACCGGUGGGAAGGUGCAACCGAAGUAUCUGGAUAUUUCGAAAUACAAAUCCUCCAAUGCAGCCAACUUCCUAAAGAAAGACGAAUCCAAGAGCUAUCUCCUGCGGCAGGAGGGCGUAAGGAAGAGUCCGAGUAGUGCGUCCGUUUCGUCGGCGAUGAGCCGUACCGAUCCGACACGGAUGAGCGCCCGAAGCAUCAAGUCGGCUAGCAGUGCAGCCAGUAAGUCUAGCGGCAGUGGCACCGGAGCUGCCGGUGUCACGAAGAAGGAUCCCGUUAAAAUUGCAAAGGAGCAAGAGCUCGAAAUGUGGAGAAGGCGUGCAAGUUACGAUCCGAUGAAAGCUGCCCUCGAGGGAAAGAAGAAACAGCAAGAGGAAUCUAGGCGACUCGCUGCCGCCCAACAACAGCAAACACAGCUGCAUUCGGAACGGCAAAGUAAAUCGAAUGAAAGCUCCGUUUUGAGAUCUCAGUCUUACCACAGCGGCGUCGGUAGUAUUGGCGGAAGUCGUUUGUAUCAAGACCAUACGUAUCGCUCCAACUUAUUAAAUACGAUACAGAACGGAACAAUACGAAGGAAAGCGAACGCGCGCCAAAAAUGGUACAUUGCGUUAUACUAUUGUGGUGAUGGUGCGAGCAAAAUUCCAAAUAGUUCCGAUGCUGCCACUCAAACGAACUGA